CGACUGCUUCUAGUUACGCUAUAAUUUAGCCCAAUCAUUCUUGUUUCGAUCCCACCUCAAAGUACAAGUGUUUAUGAGAAUUCCCGUAGUUGACACGUAUCAUUAGACGUAAAUUGAGUGAAAAGUGUAAAAUGACGUUGAUACCAUUCGCAAAAUGCGUUCUUUUGGUAUUUAUUUUCGGAUUUUUGAGUGGUUGUUCUGCUUUGAAUAUUGCUGUUAUCGGAGCUGGUCCAUCGGGUAUUGUUAGUGCAAAGAAUGCCAUUGAUCAAAAGCACAAUGUAACAAUUUUUGAAAAAACUGGCACACUCGGCGGAGUAUGGUAUUAUACAGAGGAAACUGGCACGGAUGAAUAUGGUGUUGAAAUUCAUACUGCAAUGUAUCGCGAUCUAAGAACCAAUCUCCCAAAGCAACUGAUGGAGUUCCCAAACUAUUCAUAUCCCAAUGACACACGCUCGUUUCCAUCACAUGAUGUCAUUUUGAAAUAUCUGAAUUCAUACGCCGAAAAGUUUCAUGUAAAGGAACGCAUUAGAUUCCAUCAUUUGGUUGACAAAGUUUCUUUCAACAAAAGCGGCAAGUGGCAUGUGACUGUUUUAAGAAAGAACCUACCUAAAACAAAACAGACUGAAACUCAUGAAUUUGACGCUGUUUUCGUUUGCUCUGGCAUUAAUUUUGAAAAACGAAUUCCAAAGAUUAACGGUGCCAAAAAAUUUAAGGGAACAACCUUACACAGCCGUGACUACCGUACACCUGAAGCAUUCAUUGGAAAAGACGUGGUUUUGGUUAUUGGUCAAGGACCUUCCGGCUAUGACAUAGCAUGGCAACUUGAUAAUAUUGGUGUUCAAGUAAUACACAGCUCAUACCAACCAAUGUCUUCGGCGCAAAAAAUCGUGGGAAUGGCAGCAAAGCUGUGUAGUAAAGCCUGUCUUAAUGAAUACCAAACGCCGGACUGUAGAUCUGACUCAGAAUACAGCAAUGUAAGCCAUUUCAAAGGAGAAAAUCAAGUUGUAUUCCAUGAUGGAUCACACGAAAAUAUUUCCGUGGUUAUUUAUGCGACAGGCUACAAAUUUUCGUAUCCAUUUUUGGACAAAAGCGUUGGCAUUCAUGUCAAAGACAAUUAUGUCGAACCAUUAUACUUGCACGUUUUAAACAUUCAACAUCCAACGAUGGCAUUCAUUGGUUUGGCCCACGGUGGAGUACAUUUUCGAAUGUAUGAUUUACAGGCACGUUUUGCAUUGAAAUUCGUCUCUGGAGCCGAACCACUGCCAUCAAAGAAGGAAAUGCAGCAGUUCUCACAUGCUAUUUCAUACAACAAAAAACCACAUUCCUUAGGAAGUCAACGCAAAGGAUACUAUUUUGGUUUGGCGGUAAUGGCAGAUAUUGAAAAUAUACCCGACAUAUAUCCAGACAUAUACGCAGAUAUUGUUGACAGUGAUGGAGAUUUCCGGGAGUACAUUUACAACAUACAUGGAGAUCAAUUUGACAAAGUUCGCGAACCAUAAAAAGGAUGAAGUUUGACGCUUCAAAAAAAAAGUGAAAUAAUAAAAAAUGUGCAAAAAUAUUUUUGGGCAAUUAAAUACAAUAAAGUUGACAUUA